AUGACACAUUAUCUUCUGAAGCAUGUGUGGGGUCGAAACUACAAUGUACCCCUAAAAUCACCUUCUCUCAUCAUUCACUGGUGCUGUGGCACAGGAAUCUGGUGUCUUGAGCUGGCCGAAGAAUUCCCAGAUGCUAAAGUUAUCGGUAUCGACUUCAAAACUGCCCCUCUCCAAAACAUUGCCGAAACCCGUACGAACCUUACAUUCCAGGAUAUUACCAUUUGUGAGGGCCACACAGGUCUCGAAGGUUAUCCUGAUAAUGCUGUGGACUAUGUGAUGAUGCGAGAUGUCUGGAUUGUCAAUUCCCCGAUACACAAGUGGCACAAUAUUCUCAAACAGGUCUUGCGAAUAUUAAAGCCAGGUGGUUGGAUUGAGAUAAUCGAACAAGAUAUUCGAGUAAGCAAGCCAGGACCUAGUUUUGUCAUCCUGAACAAAUAUGGUAAUAUGUUUCUUGAAAAUAUCCAGGCCAGACCAGGCAUCUUGGAAGAACUCGAGGAUAUGCUCAAAGAUACUGGCUACACGAACAUCAAUUCAACAAUUGUCGAAUUGCCAUUAGCAAUGAGAGAAUCUGGAUACCUCUUUAAAGAUCUCAGUGAAAGACGAUUCCGAGUAUUUGCACCUUGGAUAUGUGAAUACAACCAACUCCCAGCAUCAGUAUUUGCUGAAACCUUGUCAAAGGCUAUGGAUGAGUGCGAGACAUCCAAGUCCCGGAUUUCAUGGCAUUGCUUCUUAGGUCAAAAACCUCUCUAA